GCAUGCGCCCUGCGCUCCGGAGAAGGUUAUGUGUUGCUGAGGUUCAGUGCGCACAGCAGGAUUAUAGAAUACUGUGGGAGCGUGGGAGGUUAGUAGAGGCAUUGCCCUCUGUCCUGGGACAUAGCUCAUCAUGCUGCCUCUCUCCAAAUACACACUGCAAGGUAAGUGCUCCAGCACCUGCCACUCAGUAUCUGUAAACCCACAGUAAGUAGCAGGUUAGUAACUUGGUUUGUGGCAAUCAUUUACAGCUGCUGGUUGCUGGGUGGGAUAUGGAAGGUAUAAUUGUGGUCAGAGCUCCAGUGUGUGUAUGUGUGAUUAGGGUGGUUUAUUCCUAUAUACAUAUAUUGCAUAAACAUAAAAAAAUACAGUGUGUGCAAGGGAUGUGUCCUUCCCUGGCCCUUGCAAACAGUAAUUCAGUCUCUGCCCCUGCUGGUCACACUUCAAUGUAGGGGAAAGGUCAUGGGACUGGGAAUUGUGUGUGUAUAUAUGUCUCACUAUGUAGACAGUAUCACAGCUUACAUAGUAGAAUUUAACCUUUUUUACUUUGCAUUUCUGCGUAUAUUGUAGAGCAAUGCCUGAUUGGGCUGAACGUUCUCCUGUGAUUUGUAGACCACCAGCUUGAACUUUCCUUUGAUUUGUUAUGACCCAUUUUAUUUUUUUUAAUUAUAGAAUAUACAUUUUUAUUACAAUUAUCUUUUUUAAUACAGCAUGUAAUAAAGUUAUUAUGAAGGCAAGGUCACGUAGAAAAAGAAUAACGGUGGGAUUUAAUUCCGCAGCAAAUGUCUGUAAACAGACAGGGAAGGGAAUGACAGCCCGGUCUGUAAACAGACAGGGAAGGGAAUGACAGCCCGGUCUAUACACAGCCAGGGAAGGGAAUGACAGCCCGGUCCAUACACAGGCAGGGAAGGGAAUGGCAGCCCGGUCCAUACACAGGCAGGGAAGGGAAUGGCAGCCCGGUCCAUACACAGGCAGGGAAGGGAAUGGCAGCCCGGUCCAUACACAGGCAGGGAAGGGAAUGGCAGCCCGGUCCAUACACAGGCAGGGAAGGGAAUGGCAGCCCGGUCCAUACACAGGCAGGGACGGGAAUGGCAGCCCGGUCCAUACACAGGCAGGGACGGGAAUGGCAGCCCGGUCCAUACACAGGCAGGGACGGGAAUGGCAGCCCGGUCCAUACACAGGCAGGGACGGGAAUGGCAGCCCGGUCCAUACACAGGCAGGGACGGGAAUGGCAGCCCGGUCCAUACACAGGCAGGGACGGGAAUGGCAGCCCGGUCCAUACACAGGCAGGGAAUGGCAGCCCGGUCCAUACACAGGCAGGGACGGGAAUGGCAGCCCGGUCCAUACACAGGCAGGGACGGGAAUGGCAGCCCGGUCCAUACACAGGCAGGGACGGGAAUGGCAGCCCGGUCCAUACACAGGCAGGGAAGGGAAUGGCAGCCCGGUCCAUACACAGGCAGGGAAGAUAAUUUGGAUAUCAAGGCUUACUGUUUGCAAUCCACUUGUCAUUUCUUCACAUAUCCUUUUACUAAGUGAUUGCAGUCUAUUAAUGUAUAUUCAUUUAGUUUUCUUUGGGAUGAGGGUGAUUAUAGAGACAAUUUUUAAUUAUUUAGUUUAUGUUGAAUUAGUAUACAACUUAUGAACUGACAGACAAUACUCCAAUUAUUAACUUAAAAAAAUGUUUUCAUCAUAUAUACAGUAUAUAUAUAUAUAUAUAUAUAUAUAUAUAUAUAUAUAUAUAUAUAUAUAUAUAUAUAUAUACACACACACACAAAAUAUUAUUUUUUUUUAUAUGAUGAAAAAACAGUGUUUUAAAGUUUUAGAAUUGGAGUAUUGUCUCUGUCAGUUCAUAAGUUGUAUACUAAUUCAACAUAAACUAAAUAAUUAAAAAUUGUCUCUAUGUAUCUUUCCAGUUAUGUGCCCUCUUUGACUAGCAUUGCAUGGAAAUUCAGUAAACCCCUGUAGUGUGCGCACAAACACUACUGAAGAAAUGCUUGAGUGUGCAAGUGCUCACAAGGCAUCAUGGGGUGGGAAAAUCUCUCUGAUCACAAAUGUAUGUGUUUAACUUACUUCCUCUGCAUUCCUUAUCCUGGUAAAUGCGUUGACUUACUUUACUGUGGUGAGGGAAUGAGGGACUGUUACUUCCAGAGAAGUCACUGAUCCACUUUAAUAAAUAUUUUGCAAAUAACACAAUGAAGUAAUUGUUUAAGGAACACUCCAAACACCAUUAACACUACAGCUCACUGUGGUGUUUUUUUGCAAAGAGUACUCUGCCUCCCCCAUUUCUUUGACUUCUUACCUGGGCUCUGUCAGUCUCCGCUUCACACCUCUGCAGGAAUUUCUGUGUACGUUGUAUACAUCUUGUAUAUGUUUUGUACAUUUUAUAUUCAUAUCAUUUUGAUACUCUUUUAUGUAUUUAUACUUUUUAGAUACUCUGCAUUUAAUACACUCCAAAAAAAUUGUGAUUUUAUUUGACGUCAGAACACAUCUAUAGCGCUUCAUUAAUUUUCUUUUUCUCAUUUGUUAGCUCCCCUGAACUAAGCCCUGUAAUGGUCUUAUCUCAUUGGCUGAGAGUGUAAACUGAUUGUUGUCAGACAAUGAGUUAGCCCAACAGGGCUUAGCUCGGGGUAGCUAAUGGAAGUUCCAGCAAUUAGUAGUGUAGGCAGUUAGGAGCACCUAGCAGGCCUCAGGUUAGAAAAUAAACCAUUCAAAAGUGAUUUGAUUCCUUGCAUUUGAGAAGGGGGCAUACUGUAUUGGCUAUAGAGCUUGGUGUUUUUUUUUUUGUUUUUUUUUUUAUCAAUGUCAGGCUACAUUAACCAGUUUCUUUCCUUUAUAGGAAUAUUGGAUAAUAUUUGGAAUUGGUAAUUUUUUAUUUUUUUAAUAUGUUAGUGAUUGCUAAAUAUGACUUUACUUUUCCCCCUCCACACAGUACAUCAGUGUCUGCAUUACUUAACACCUUUGAAGAAUGGUCUACCGACUUCUUGCGUCAAGAGAUGGGCUUCGUCAUCUGUGCCACGCAUUACCACACACUACACCAUCUGUCCUCGAGAACAUGACAAAAGAUGGGAAGGUACCUACCCCAAGGCAUAGUUCAUAGGGAAAUACUUGAAAACAAGAGAAAUCUCAAUGUAUCCUUCAUAGUCAAGUAUUUUAUAAAUAAAUAAAUAAGUAAUCUAUAAAUUAAAGAACGCUUUGUUAAGGAACCUGAACCUGCAAAUUAUUUGGUAAACCAAAAACAAUGUGCCAAAUCUAGACUUGGAAUACAGUACUAAUUGUUGCUUUUUAGCACUUUGUUAGCUUAAUAUACAAGUGGAAAUCAGCAGAAAUCAAUAGAAUGUUUAAGAUUGAAAAUACUUCCAGCAAGAAAAAUGUAAACAACAUGUUGAUGCUUGGAAAAGUUCAGUCACGUUGUUUUUGAUAAAUAGAAGCAAGCAACAUAAAUGUUUGUGUUGACCUCCCAUUUACUUUAAAACUGUUAAUCACUUAUGCUACUUUAAAGCAUUCUUAUAUUUGUUUAUUUUUCUUUGUUUAUUUUAAUGGUGUCUAGUGUAUUUUACAGUUUACAUGAAACCAAGGUGACUAUUACACUAAUUUUCAUUUAACAUAUUUUGCUGACAGGAGUAAACAUGGAAAGGUUUGCAGAGGAAGCAGAUGUGGUGAUAGUGGGAGGUGGUCCAGCUGGACUCUCUGCUGCGAUACGCCUGAAACAGCUUGCAGCCGAAUCCAAUAAAGAGGUGCGCGUGUGCCUGGUGGAGAAAGCAGCCCAGCUUGGGGCACACACACUGUCGGGAGCUUGUCUGGAGCCCAGGGCACUGCAGGAACUUUUCCCAGAUUGGAAGGAAAGAGGGGUAUGUCCACACUGUCACAUUGCUGUUUUGAUUUUGUUUUUCUGUUUAUAGAAUGUAUGUAAUGACCUGUUGGCAAUUUUAAGAUGUUGACAUUUGUUGUGCUCCUGAUUAUCAAAAUUAAAGUAAACCAGAAAUUGUGUAAUAAUAAUAAUAAUAAUAAUAAUAUCUAUGAGCCAAACCCUGUUGCUGUUAAUAAAACACAGAAAGCACAUGUGUAUGUAGGCACUAACCAAGUGCCACAUGGUCCAGGGCUUCUUCACUCCAUUUAAUGACAAAGAUCAGGAAUUCCACAUCCAGAUAAAGGCAAUUUAUUGAAAAACAAGUGCUGUUCCAAGCCUGAGAAAGCUUGAUAAAUUCUCUUAAUAAGGCAUGAAAUGUUGCUUGUGUUUUAAUACACUGGCUUAGAUAGUACAGGAGUGUCUGUCUAUAUUGUGUCUUAGCACAUAAAGCCAUGUUGGCCCAGCAGACUCCAGGUAAGUUGUCAUAGUGUUUGUACAGAGGGCUGUAUGGUGCUUGGAGUAUUUCUUUAACUGUUGAUCAAGACAUAGCACAUAAAAGAGCCUUGAAUCCCAAACAAAUAUUCACCUUUGGGCAUUCCAUCUCUGUGAUGAUCAAUCUGGAAGACUGCUUAGGCAUUGUGCACAUUCAGUGAUUAAAUGUGGAGUUCACAUGAUCUCUUGUGAGCAAAGGUGAACAUUAUAGGCUGAGCAAAUAAAUCUGCUGUUUGCACAAUGUUUGUGCAUGCUGACUAAUUAAAGAUAUAACUCAAAACAUUUGCACUGAUGAUGAAAGGCAAAAAAAAGCACUUGAAAAUGCAAAUGACAGUCUAAGAACGGGUUUUAUUAUCAAUUAUCUGUUCAUCUUGUAUGUAACCUGCUGCUGUCAUUUGUUGUUGAACAGACACCGGCUUUUAGCUGUUCGUAAUUGAGCAAUUACAUGCUUAAAUGAAAUUAUUCUUUCUGACAACGUUGUUUAUGGUGUUGUGUUUUGUUAGGCACUAUGCUUAGGCAAAUAAUGGAAAGCUUUGUAAAUGGCAUACAACGUAGUUUAUAAUAAGUAACGUUUAUGGAUUGGACAUCUUUUGAACAUGUCCACUGUGAAUAUUAGAGUAAACAUUGCAGAAAUAAAAAUCAGAAAAUGCAGCUCAACAGUGCAGUGCAAUUUUUUUAAAAUGAAAAAUAGUUGAUACAUUAUGUUUAAUAUAAAAUAAUAUAUACCAGGGGUGCCCAAAGGGUAGAUCCCAAGAUGUUUUAAAACUACAACUUCCAUGAUGUUUUGUCACUGUAAAAGCAUGUUAAAGGCAUACAUUUUAUUUAUUUAUUUAUUUAUUUAUUUAUUUAUUAUUGCCAUUUAUAUAGCGCCAACAGAUUCCGUAGCGCUUUACAAUAUUAUGAGAGGGGAUUUAACUAUAAAUAGGACAGUUACAAAUAAACUUACAGGAAAAAUAGGUUGAAGAGGACCCUGCUCAAUCGAGCUUACAUUCUAUAGGAUACAUGGUAGUUGUAGUUCUGCAACACCCAGGGAUCUACCUUUUGUGCACCCAUGAUAUAUACAUUUUAUAUGACUAUAUGGAAAACAUCAAAUCAAUAUGCAAUAGAACAAAUAUCUAAAAUUAGAGGUCAGCUACAGAUGUGACUGUGUCCAGGAAUGUCUACUGGUACAAUAAAAUGCAGAAAGAAUACAAGAUGCUGUAGACUGGUACUAUUAAUACCAGUUUGACAACCCACAUUGUUCAGUAGAUGGCAUGUGAAGCUCUGUUAUAAUACGCAGGGUUUUGGGCUCCUCAUAGACAAUGGACUCUUGAUGGCUUUAUUAAAUAGUCCUGAAAAUGGUUGCAGUUACCUCUCCCAUACAUCCAACUAUAUAGAGAUAGCAUAAGGUUAUGUGAGAAUUUGGUCAAAUAAAAAAUCUUAGCAGUCCCAUCAGCACUGUCAGAUUGAUACAGUAUCACUGGGGUAGAUGGUCACAUGAGCGUGCCUGAUUCUUCCUAUAUACCGGUUCACUCAGCCUCUUAUUGACAUGAGUGCACAAUGCCUUCUCAUACUGUACAAAUGUUUGGACAGACAAUGAGAAAGCGAAGCUCCAGCUGAGAGGGUGGAAGAGAUUCUCUGUGGUUUUGUCAUACUGUUUAAAAAAGGCCUUUUGGCAAUAAUUGCAGAUGUGCCCAUAGUGCUAGAACAAUUUCUAUUACAGCAAAUGCAGUGAUCAUAGUCCACAGAGAGUCAUUUUUAAGGUUAUUUUCAUUAUAUAAUAUAUGUUAUCAUUGCAAUAUAUAGGCUCCUCUUUCUGCAUUAGAGCAGACUUAUAUGGCUCUCACAUGAUUUAUUAUUAUUGUGUACAUUUUUGUUCCUCAAUUUUUGUGCAUGGAAAAAAUUGAUUUUGGAAUUGAACUGAUCAUCAUAUCAGCUAAACUUAAGUGAUAUUUUAUUAUUUCAUUUUUAUUAUUCUUAUCAGGCUCCUCUCAAUACCCCAGUAACAGGAGACAAGUUUGGGAUAUUAACUGAAAAACACAGGAUACCUGUGCCUAUCCUUCCAGGUAUUAAACCAUUUAACUUGGUUUCCACUGAAAGAUAUUGUCCUUGAAAUUGACAUAUAAAAAAUCCUCUGCUUCUAAUCUCCAGCUAACGAAUAAAGCACUUUGUUCCAAUCAAUGAUUGGCCAUUUAUCAGUUACAGAUUUCUUAAGAACAUUGUUGAUAACAUUUUGUUCUACAUGCAUACGUUUCUGUGUAAUUGGUUUAUACACCAUAAUCUUUAGGCCUUCCGAUGAAUAAUCAUGGAAAUUAUAUCGUGCGUCUUGGGCAUCUAGUAAGCUGGCUUGGAGAACAAGCUGAAGCACUUGGAGUUGAAAUUUAUCCUGGAUAUGCUGCAGCAGAGGUAUGUUUGUUUCUGUCUGCAGAUAAAUGUUGCUUUUUAUGGUUCUAUAUUUUCUCAAUCCUUUAAUACAUGACUAAUUGUGUUUCUUUUCAGGUACUUUUCCAUGAAGAUGGCAGUGUUAAAGGCAUAGCAACUAAUGAUGUAGGGAUCCAGAAAGAUGGCUCCCCAAAGGUAAUACAAGCUUGUGUUUGGCACCUGGAACAAGUAUUCUAUUUUAGAUAUCAAAUAUUUUGUUUUGGGCUUUCACAACUUCUAUCCAGGUGCCUCAAUAAUGUUCCGUUAAGAUUUGUCAGAAAAGCCUGUUGUUCUCAAUAUUGUUAAUUAAGCAAACCACACAUACAGCUCUGUAGCAUCUUCGCUAUAUUCUAAAAGCCAUGUUAUUGAUUUUGGCUUAAGGCUCUAGUACCUUAAUCUAUUGAAUUCUAAUUCAUCCUUCUAUUUUAUAGAUGUAUUAGAUAUAGUUCUCAUCUAAACACUAUUUUGAUUUUUUUUUCCAGACCUGGCAACAACAGUUCUAUUUAAACUUGAGUAACACAUUUAACUUCUUUUUUAGGGUACUUUUGAGCGAGGUUUGGAGCUACAUGCAAAAGUUACUAUCUUUGGUGAAGGCUGCCACGGGCAUCUUGCCAAACAGUUGUACAAGCAAUUCAAUCUAAGAGAGAACUGUGAACCACAGACGUAUGCAAUUGGCCUUAAAGAGGUAUUUGAAGGGUUAAUUUUCAGUACUAGCACUUUUUCCAUGAAUGCCCUCACUUUGUGGAACAAUUUUUGUAGUGUGCACUGUUGUAAAACAAAUCAUAUGUAAAAAACCCUAUGUUUCUGUGAUCUGUUUUUUUUUGUUUUGUUUUUUUAACUGCUGUGUUAACUUUUAUUAUUUUAUUAUUAUUUUUUUAGCCCUCGGGGGUUAAAUUUAUUUAGUCCCUAAAAUAUUUAUAAAUUAUUUAUUUAGCUAGGUGGGUAGAAGUUAGUGGAGAAAUUAGGGGGUUUAUUGUUAGGCUAGUUAAGGGUGAACAGUAAAAAAAGAAAAAAGUUUUUAAAAAAGGAAAUAAAAUGCUUGUUACCUCUAAACUUGGUAAAUGCUUUUGAAACACCCUAAGGUUGUGGGGGUGUUUUUUUUUUGUUUUGUUUUUUUUUUAAAGAAAUGGUAUGUCUUUGUUGGGUAGUUGGGGGGAAAAAGCAACCUGCUGACAUACUCCAAAAUGGGACAUAGACACAGCGCAAAAAUGUAAAGUUUGAAAAAAAACUGGAAUGGCUGUGUCUCAAAUGUGCCCUUUCAACUUCCACAUAUACAUGGCAAAGGUACAUGCGGGGUUAUUGCUAUACUCAGAUGACAUAGUUGAGCAACAUAUGAAGUAUUAUACAGCCGUAGCACACAUAAGGUUUGCAAAAUAUACAGUACAAACUGUGUGUGUCAAAAAGGCAGAAAAAAGCUUGUUACUGCUACACUUAAUACAAACUAGCGAAAUAAUUAUUCCACGCUAAGGUUCAAAUUAUGCCUUUGGAAAUACCCUGGGGUGUCUUCUUUUAGAAGUGGUAUGCAUUUAUGGGGUAGCUGGAAUAAGCAACCUGCUAACAUACUCCAAAAUGUGACAUAGAUUUAUCAAAACCAUCUAUGAAAAUUCACUGUUAAAAACCUGAACUUGUAACAUCUCUUUUACAGCACUAAACUUCACAAAAUGUGUCUGUCAUACAUUGGACAUAUUGUUUUUUUACUCAUAAGAUGUAACUGAGCAUAAUUUGAUUUUAUGGAAAUGGCACAGAUCAAAUUUGCAAAGUACAAAGCAAAAAUGCAACGUGUGUUAAAAAAAUGUAAAGAAAAAAAGGCUUUUUCUUUUUUUUUUCUCACCACAAACUUUGCCAUAAAUUGGUGAAAGCAUGGCAGCAAGUUAAGGCACAAUAUACGUCAUAUAAGAUACCCAUGAGUGUCUGCUUUCUGAAAUGAAAUGCCUUUGUGGGGUUAUUUGAACAGUCAAACUGCUAUAAUGCCACAAAAUCAGACACUGGCCUAUCAAAUCCAUGACAAUUCCAACUAUAGAACCUAAAUAUAUGGCAUUGUAGCUUCACAGAAUACUGCCAAAUGCAUACAAAGGGGGUAACAUUGUACUCAGCAGAUAUAGCUGAACACCAUAUGGGGUUUUGUACAGCAAUAGCACACACUAGGUUUACGAAAUACACUUUAAAAAAAUCUUGUUAUAUGUUUUUAUGUCAAACUAUUUUACUACAAUAUUUAGCAGAGAUUGGUGGUGAAAUGGCAUAAAAAGUGUCAAAAUAAUCUUGGCUCGGGGGCGGGGCCUGACCAUGGAACAGAGAAGACGUUAACCACAGUAGCUCCUGAGAACCACAGCAAAAAAAGCUGACUUUUACAAGCCAAAACGGUACUCAAUUGGGCCAGAAAGGCUACCCAGAGUGUGGUGGCAUCGGGGGGUACACACGGAUACCGAAUAAGCGACUAACCAAACCUCCAAUCACCCGACACGAAGGUGAGGCUUAUAAGGACGGUGGGCACAGGAGAGACGUCUGCUCUCCUAACGCCACGAUCGACCAAGCUCCAAGCCUUGAGCCGCUGUUUCCCUCUCCCCGAACCGGUGGGGGUUAUCCCAGUCUACCCCCGCAAAGCGGUGGGAAAGCGACCACUAAAAUGAGAUCUACACUUAUCACCAUAAAGCCUCCUAAAAUGGCAGAUACCGCCCUCACAGCCUGUACACAACUUGCCUAGCUGGAAACGGAGCACCGACUCAAUACCAUCUUCACCUCCUUCUGGCAGCGGUUGACGGCUCGGUUGCAGCCUCCGGCGCACACAACACUCACUGCUGAGGGGCCAUGCACCUCACACGAGGUAUCCAGCAGAGGAAUACAGGAGCUCCCCUUGACAAUACACCUACGAAAGCCAAGCUACAGCAGAGUGCCCCCUCGAGACCACAACCAAGCCAUAGGGUGAACAACACCAGACCGGGGCCUGGGUCCUGGAAGAUACCAAAGAGAAGACCCCUGCGACACCCUUACCCGCGACCUAAGCACCAGAGGGGCAAGACCAGCCUGACCCGACAGGCGUUCUUGAGGGGCGAAAGACCUAGAGAGGCAACUGCGGCAAGAAGGCAAACAUGGCGCUGCCCCAGCCUAAGACAGGUAACCCCAGCCAGCAUUCAGCCAGGAGGGCACUAUACUUACCGACAACCACAUUGCCGCACGGCACAGGAGCUCCAACAAGACAUCGGCUGACCCCACAGUUACUGGGAUCUAACACCAGGCAAAGUGCCCAUUGUCAGCAUUUCUUUAUCUGCCCCAAUUGAACUCACACAAUUACCUUAUCUGAAGACUCUUAAUUUCUCUUCUUUAAUUAAUGUUCUCACGUUAUCUCACAGGGGAUCACAGAGGGGUCUCACUCAUAGUUUAAAUCGCCCAAAUGUUAACAGUAACUAGACUCAAACACAUAUGCAAGCAAGUUAAGGUUUUAACUAAUUACCAACUCUCAUGUCUGUCUUAUCUCACUUACAAUCGGCUCAGCAUAACUCUCAGAACACACAGCAUGCCAUCCUAAUGCCUAUCUUAAACCAGUUAGCUGUAUAGCAUUAACCAGACAAGUCAUACAAUCAACACACCUCAUUACGAUACAUCAUAGUCACUCUCGCAAUGCCCACUACGAUAUGCAUACUGAGGUUACCGCUUGUCACUCUUGUGACUUACAAUUAGAUGUAUGUACCCAGCUUGAUUAUCCUCAUACAAAUACAAAAAGUGCCUAUAACUCAAUGCCAUUUAUGUGAAAAUCCUGCGUUACUGAGCUUGUACCAUGCUGUUGUGGCAUCGUCAGCUAUUAUGUUAUCUCAUGCACAAUAAAAAUAAAGAAUUAAAAAAUAUAUAAUAAUAAUCUUGGCUAAAUGUCCUGUGAUGUCUUCUUUAUAUAAUAUGUGCUUUUGUGUGGCAAUUUUAUUUUCUGUGAUGGCUAUUAAAGUUACAAGACAAACAUACCCACUUCUAAAAUUGUUUCACGUUUAAAUUUUAUUGUAGGUCUUAUAUUUUGAGACCUCUAACUUUUAAAGUAAACUUAAAUCCUGCACAUAUUAUGCACUCCAUAAAUCAAUACACCUAAAUUAAUUUAUUUUGAAUUACUUUUCAUAAGCUGGACAUAUACAUACGCUAUUAUUUGCAAAACCGUGUGGGGAACAAAAUGUGGGUUUUUGUUUUUGUUUUUGUUUUUUUAUUUUUUGUUGUUGUUUAGUUUUGUUUGUUUUAAUAGUAAAUGAUAAUUGAUAUAUGUAUAUAUCACAUCAAAGUAAACUUCGUUUUGUCCUCUAAAAAUGGUAUAUAAUGUGUUGGUACUAUAUAUGAGAGAGAUGUGAAUUGCAGUUGAACACAAAUAUUUCUUGUGUCCUUAGGGGUAAGUCCAGCUUCUGAAGCUGUGUCCUUGGAUGGGGUUAAUAGCAUUCACUGAAUAUUACACUAAAAUAUAUUAUAUAUAUAUAUAUAUAUAAUUUAUUUUUAUUUUUUUUAAGAGGUCAAACACAUCCUCCAAACUGCGGUUUUUGGGCUUCUUGUCAGGCCAUAAUAAUGCUGAACAUCUGCUACUAACAAAAGUACAUAUAUUUUGAACUUUUAUAAUAACAACUCCAUUUCCUUGGGGCAAUUACACCAAGAUACAUAGCAUAAAACAAAUAAGGCUGUGUUUUGAAACAAUUGUAUGUUUUUUUUAUGUUUGUAUUUUUUAAUUUUUUUAUUAUUAUUGAUUGCGGUGUUUAGCUGCUUUACAUAUUUUAAAGUGAAAUUUCGUUAAAACAAAUUCUCCCCAACAACAUCAUCUCAAUUAAGACAUUAUAGGGGUCGGAGGUCAUCUUACAUUUUCAAAUGGUUUAAUCACUCCGUUGUCCUCCCGGCACCGGUCUUCUCUGGCCUUGGCACUGGUACAGAAGUUUUUCCUUUGGGCGCAGAUAAGAUGAGACCGUCCGCUAAUGCCACCUUUGAGAGAAAUGGUUUAGAAUGUAUGUGUGAAAAUGUGCAUACUAGGGUUUGAGGAGCAGGCAAAAGAACAGAGUAGAUGGCAUUGGGAGGACAACUUAUAGGGUUAUCCACUAAAGUGAGAGUUCUGAGGGAAUUUUACAUUUAAGGUCAUAAUAGUCAAACUGGAAAAAUAUUCUCAGUCCGCUAUACUUUCAGUUUUGCUACUCUGGCCUAAAAUAUGAAAUUCACUCCAAAUUCACUUGGAUUUUUCACUUUAGUAAAUAACCCUGUUGGAAUUUAAUCACAUAAGGUAAGCUGACUCCCAGGAUGUUCAUAGCGUUGUAAAUGUGUUGUGCUGCACAGUACAUGUUUCCAAUUUUAAAAUUUCAUUUUUCUGGGUUUGUUUUUUGCUUUUCUUUUUUUAGCUGUGGAUUAUUGAUGAGAAGAAGUGGAAGCCUGGUCUGGUGGAGCACACGGUGGGCUGGCCUUUGGAUAGACAUACCUAUGGAGGAUCGUUUCUGUAUCACCUUAAUGAAGGAGAGCCACUUGUUGCACUGGGCUUUGUGGUAGGUUUUGAAAGUCUCUUGUGGGAGAUUCUUUUUAUUCUUAAUUUUUGCAGGUGAUAACGAUAAACAAAUAAGUAAUAUGACACCAUAUGGGAACCUAUGAAAUAAUAACAGCAUAGACGCCUCCCAGAGCAUUAAGGUUAGUUAGUUAGAAGGUAUAAACUGAAAAUGAUGUAAAACAGUAAAACAUAACAAAUACAUAUGGAAAACCAAGUUAUUUACAAUUACAUCGUAGGGUCCUGGCUCCUUCUGGGUGUAAAAUCAGCCACAUUAUCCACCUUCUACGUAUGGUUGGGGUAAAGCCCCAGUUGUUCCUGUAUUCCAUCUCCAAAGCUAAGGGCUAAAAAAUGAAUGCUUCUGUCUGGUUGGUAGCCUUAUAUAAUUUUCCUUCUAUAGAGAGUGAAAGUUACAUGGAAACAUUCCAGCAACUAACACCUGCCUUCCAAAGCUUCUUGGUAAUGGGUUGCAUUGACUUCUGCCAAUGCCAGGUUCUACGAUGUAGUUCAUUGAAGAAUGUAAGUUUAAGGGUGCUUAUGUCUUGAGAGCUGCUCUUAAAUGUAUUUUUAUUUUGAAGUGUUCAACGGCAUAGAAUAAUUUCUUUGUGAUCAGAAGCUGGCACAUGGGGAGACUUUUUGAUGCCAAAGGCACCAUCAGUGAUAAAUGGUUUGGCUUGUUUUGCGGGUCACAGUGUAACUUCUAAUUGCCUAAUAAAAUGUGGCAUUUCUUCCAUCAUAAGAGAGUGGACAACCUUUUUCAUUCAUGGUGACUGAAGAAUGUUGGGUUUGCAGUCUCUGUAUCAUUUCCCUUAAGGUGUUCAGAUUCUGCUUGAAAUACAUUAUGUCCUCUUCCAAAGCUUUAACACUGGUGGUAACGGCCUGUACUUCCACCUUCACCAAAGCGAUGUAGGCUGCAAACAAUUUUUUGAAUGUCUGCAAAUAAAUUGUGGGUAUCGUGUUUGAGGACUGAACUAUCUAGGUCUGCUGUUGCAGUGCUUACUGUUGUGAGAUAAUCAUUUGGCAAGUCUCCUUUAGUUUGUGGAAUACAGUGAAAUAGGGUACCGAUAUCUCGCUUGUCUUUUGCCAUGACUGGCUGUUUAUCACAGCCUGGUGUGGAAUCAGGUGAGUACACACGGAAGCCUCUAUAGCUUUCUGUUGAAAGCGCCUCUCCUCUAAAGCUGCCGGCAUGAGAUUUUGGUCACGACUUAAAAACAAAAGGCAUCCGCAGGUUCCUCUUGGCUUCCUGCAGCCAGUGCUUGUCAAAGUAGGAAUGGAAAAAGGUGUUCUUUCCCCUUAAAAGAACAGAUUUGAGCUUUGAUAGCAAGCCGCUCAAGAAAUAGCAUCUGCAAUGUCUGCUGCUAGCUGCGCCCCCUAGUGUGACAUUCGUAAAGGACUGUCACCUAAAAAAUAUAUUUUUUUUUUAACUUAAUCCAUUCAUCAAGUAUUGAAAGGAAAUAUAUUUUUCUUAAAUAAAGUGUAAAAAAUGUGAAAAACAUUCUAAUGCUGGAAUUGAAGCAGAGAAGAUUAUUUCAGACACUGUCUGACUAAAGGUGCAUGUAUCUGGAUGGAUGAUCCUGUCAUGUACGAAAGGUAGGAAUGUUUGUUUUGUGUUUUUCUCAUUUUCUUACAUAUACUUUUUUGUUUUAUUUUUAAAUUCAAUGAAAAGAUAUUAUUUUUAUUUUUUUAAUGUAUUUAUCUUGAGGGAAGUUUUUGCAGACAGAGAACAAUAUAUUAAGCACACAGAAUAAAUUUUUAUUACUGACUUGAUAUCUCCAAAAAUGCUCCAGAACUGCUGAACGGUUUUGGAGAAAGUCUCACUGUGCGUCUGACUUUCUCCACUAUAAAUUUAUGCUGCACUCAUACAGCUUGGCUCUUUCCUCUGCAAAAGUAAAUUACUUCAAUACCCUCAUAAACACACACUCCCUAAAACCCAAACGACUAAUUCACACAUUUAACCCUCUUCUUCACCCUAUUGUUCCUCCUCCACUUACUAACUUGACCGCCUCAGACUUUGCAACUCACUUCACUGACAAGAUCUCUACGAUCAUCUAUCUUCUUCCCCUUACAAUACUUCCCCUAACCUCACUCCCUCUGCUGUUCUAUGUUCGUUUGCACCCGCUACAGCGGAAGAGGUUUCUGCUCUGCUCCAGUCCUCCCGCCCCACCACCUGCUCCCUAGAUCCAAUUCCCUCGCAUCUCAUCCGUACGCGGUCUUCUCUUUCUCUACCUCUCACUAAAAUUCUCAAUCUCUCUCUCUCCUCUGGCAUAUUUCCAUCACCCUUCAAACAUGCAACUAUAACCCCAAUUCCAAAGAAGCCCAACCUUGACCCUAACUCCUUGUCCAACUACCGUCCUAUCUCGCUACUGCUUAGCAUCCAAGAGCCUUAAAAGAGUUGUGUAUGCGAGAUUGACAGACUUCCUCGAGUCCAACUCUCUGCUAGACCCGCUUCAGUCUGGUUUCCGCGCUAAGCACUCUGUGGAAACGGCACUGAUGAAAGUAUCCAAUGAUCUACUCGCUGCAAAAUCUCGUGGUCACUACUCUAUCCUAAUUCUCCUUGAGCUUUCUGCGGCUUUUGACACUGUUAAUUAUCAACCGCUUCUUCUCAUCCUCCGCAAUAUCGGUCUACAAGAUAUUGCUCUCUCCUGGUACUCCUCCUACCUCUCCCAGUGCUCUUUCAUUGUUUCUUUCUCUGGCUCUGCUGCAUCUUCCCAACUCCUCUGUGUUGGUGUGCCCCAAGGUUCAGUCCUUGGUCCCCUACUGUUCUCUAUCUAUACUGCCUCCUUGGAAAACUCAUUAGAUCCUUUGGCUUCCAAUAUCAUUUCUAUGCGGAUGACACGCAAAUCUAUCUGUCCUCUCCUGAUCUCUCCCCGUCCCUCUUGGCUAGUGUCUCUGACUGCCUCUCUGUUAUUUCUAACUGGAUGGCUGCCCACUUCCUUAAACUCAACUUGACUAAAACUGAAAUUCUGGUCUUUCCUCCCUCAAGUGUUGCUACCUGUGUCUGUCUCCCUCCAAGUCAACGGUGCUAACAUCAGCUCCACUACGCAGGCUCGUUGCCUAGAUGUUCUCUUUGACUCCGACCUCUCCUUCACGCCUCAGGUUCAGUCUAUCGCCAAAUCCUGCCGUCUCAAAAAUAUUGCGCGCAUUUGACCAUAAUUAACACCAGAUGCCACUGUCCUUUCUCGCUUUGACUACUGUAAUCUGCUUCUUACGUGCUCCCAACUUGCACCAUUACAGUCCAUAAUGAAUGCGGCGGCGAGGCUCAUCUUCCUGUCUGCCCACGCCUCACCCUUCUGUCAAUCCCUACAUUGGCUUCCUGUAAGAUAUAGGGCUCAAUUUAAAAUUCUGGUUCUUGCUUUCAAAUCUCUACAUAAUGCUGCUCCCACUGAUCUAUCCUCCCUAAUACAUAAGUAUGUCCCAUCUAGGCCCUUACGCUCUGCUGAAGACCUACGUCUAUCUUUUGUCCGUACUCCCACCUCUGAUGCUCGCCUUCAAGACUUCUCGAGGGCUGCACCGUUCCUGUGGAACACGCUUCCCUCCUCCAUUAGAUGCUCACCCAGUCUCCACUCCUUCAAAAAAUCAUUAAAAACUUAUCAAUUAAACAGUUAAUAGCUCCUGACUGAUUCAUUUUCUGCAGCUGUCACUAGUCUAAUACUAUCCUUACCUUUUUGUGCCAUUUUACCCCACUCCCUCUAGCAUGUAAGCUCAUUGAGCAGGGCCCUCAACCCCUCUGUCCCUGUGUGUCCAACUUGUCUGGUUACAACUACAUGUUUCUUCGUCCACCCACUGUAAAGCGCUGCGGAAUUUGUUGGCGCUAUAUAAAUAAUAAUUUCACACUCCAUUGACACGUAUUUAAUUGUAUAGCAAUAUAAACCUACAUUGACACGACAACAUAUCAUGUUUCAUCUCCUUAAUCUUGAAAAGGCCUUUGCUUUGGCAAGUUUUUACCUUCCUGGCAUUGUAGAGGAAUCUCGAUUUUUGGUUUUAGAUGAUGUGCUUCAAAGUUUUUCUCACUGUUGCUGAAGAAUGUUUUCUUUUGUAUGGAACAUCAUUUUCACAAAGCUACACCUUCAUUUGAAAUGAUUUAAAAAUGUUGCAAAAUAUUUAUUGUAGAUAUGUAAUACAUACGUAUGUAAGCAAUGACAUUUAAUAGAAUAUCUACAACCAAAAACGUAGACUAAUGGAUUUUUAUGAUGUGCCUAUAAUCAUACGUUUUAAAUCCACAUGGUUUCUGGUCAUACUUACACUUUUAGGGGUAAGAUAUUCUGGAAUGUGUUUGAACCUUAUCACACAUGUUGUUAAACCACAGGCUCACAAAUAUAUUUAUUUUAAGAGACUAGCAAGAGGGGUACAUUUGUAGCUUUUAUAUAAAUUGGUCAAAAUAUAAGACAGGAAUAAUAAUUGCAAGAUAAAUUACUUUAAAGCUUCUCACGGCUUGUAGAAGUUGGGUUACAGGAAUAUUUUUUUUUUUUUGUUGUUGUUGCAAUUGUCAUUCAGUAAAAAGACUAUAACGUUUGACCCACUAAAGAACUGUACCUUAUAAGUUGAGUACAUUGGGUAAGCAGCUCCUCUACAUUCAUUGUUUUGUUUUUUGUCUUUUCAGGUUGGACUAGAUUAUCAGAACCCAUAUGUGAACCCUUUCAGAGAAUUUCAGAGGUGGAAGCACCAUCCCAGUGUUAUACCUACACUGGAGGGUGGAACCAGGAUUGGUUAUGGAGCUAGAGCACUCAAUGAAGGAGGGUUUCAGGUAACCUUAUUAGAUUUGUAGUAGGCCGUAGUAAUAAAUAAUGUGUACAGGUAGUAAACAAUUCAUGUUCUGAAGCAGCGUUCCUGCAUAUUCUUCACAUUACUGUGAUGUGUAAGCAAGAAGAAUACAUAGAAAUAUUUCAAGUGUUUCUCCAGUGCCUGGAAAACAAACCCGUUUUCCUGGCACUAGAGAAUCCUGGAGUGCCCCCCAUCCCACGUCACUGAAGGGUUUAAAACCCCUUCAGGCACUUACCUGAAUCCAGCGCCGAUGUCCCUCGGCGCUGGGUCAGGCUUCACCCACGCUCCUCCCCCGCCGGUGGAGACCUAAUGGGCAUGCGCAAUUCAGUGCUUUCCUAUGGGGAUUCCGGCGAUGUUGGAGGUUCUCAUGCAUAGCGUGAGGACGUCCAGCGUCAUUUAUUCGACCAAAAGUUGUCUAAGAAGCUGGAAUUCCCUCUAGUGGCUGUCUGGUAGACUGCAACUUGAGGAGGUCCUAACCCUGCAAGGUAAUUAUUGCAGUUUAUAAAAACUGCAAUAAUUACACUUGCAGGGUUAGGGGUGAUGGAGAAUAGGUCAAUCAUGUCAGCAGCCCCUGCACACAGUUCUGAGGGAUUUAAGGUGGGAUCAUUUUUUGUUUUUUUUUCCUUAAAAACUUCCAGUGGUCAUAAUACCUAGAUUAUAUUUGACACCAGGGUAUUCUGCAUGUGUAAGCCUUGCCUUACCAGACAAAAUGCCUACUCCUGCUCUGAAAUUGAAGACUUUAUGCAAAUCCAAGCAUUUAAAUUUUUAUUGAAUGUGCUACUACACUUCCAGAUGAAUGCAAAAAGAAAACCUGUAAUCAGUUCUAAGCUGAAUUGCUGAAAAAGUCCAAGCACUUAGAAAUUCAGUCUUUCUUAACCUGGUUUCAAGAGAAUUUCUUACAAACAUUUGAGUUUUUUUAAUGAAUUAUCUGUAAAAUCUGUCCAGGACAGACCUAUAAAAAGAUGUAAGCGAAGCAGGUCUUCUUCUCAGUCAGGUGUAUUUGCUGGUGAAUGGUCCCACACAUCUCUAUCUGAAGUCUCUAGUCAAGAUCUUACUAGAAUCCCACAGGUACUGCUGCUAUAUGUUGGGAAUAUCUGAAAUUUUACUCACCGUAAAAAUGUUUUCCUUAGUGUCCGUACAGAUCUCCCUUAAUGUUUGUAUUAAAGUUUGAUAUUUUUGCAGCAUUUGGUCUCCAUGUUGUUUCUUGCUAUGGCUGGAGUGUUCAGUAAGGGAUCAACUUUUAAGUUACGACGGGGAGGAGGUUUUUUUUUUAAUUUUAAUAGUUUAGAGUUUAUUUUCAGGAGUAUUUAUCCAACAUAAAUAAGGACAUUCCACAAGUACUGCCACUAUACUAAGGAAAAAGAAUCUACAGGAAGUAAAAUAAAAAAAUUUAUUUUUAUUUUAUACCUCCGAUUUGAUUAUAAUGUUUAAAUUUGCCAUCCAACGUCAAGGCAAGUCUAUAUUUGAGUUUUUCUACUCCCUUCUGUUGGAACUCAUAGGUUUGAGCCACAUAAAGCCAGCACAUUUUUUGGUUACUUUCUUUCUGCCUAAUCACAGUGGUUUCAUGGCUGUACAUUUGCUCUUCUCUUUCAGUCUUUACCAAAACUCACUUUCCCAGGUGGACUUUUUGUAGGGUGCAGUCCAGGCUUUAUGAAUGUACCUAAGAUUAAAGGGACUCACACUGCCAUGAAGAGUGGUAUGCUGGCCGCAGAAGCCAUCUUUAAACAACUAUCUGAUGACAAUCUCCAGUCAAGUACUCAAGGUCUAAAAUUAUUUUUGUUCUUUGAUUUAUUUGUCACCUUUUUAAACCUUGUAACUCGCAGCGUAACCUAAUCUUACACUUUUGGAUUUUGUAUCUCACAUCACAGUUGCAAAUGUCAAAUAUACAUGGAUAUCUCCAAUAAGUAUGCAUAGUUUAAAUAUUUUUAUUUAUAGUUGGCUUUUUCUUCCUUGUUUAAUUUUACUUUUUAUGAUAUACAACUGCUUUGCUCCUCUCGUUGGAUGCAAAGAAGGUGUUUAUCAAAGUGUAGUGGGCAUACCUGUUAGGAUUGCUAGAGCACUUGAGCUUUUCCCCACUAUUUAUGGGAGCUAUCACAGCUUUACAUAUGGGCCUGAGGGCACAAUUCCCUCUCCCAGGGGCUGGUUCAACUGCAUUUACUAACUCCAGGUGGCCGAGGCAGGGGUGCCCCCUCUCAACUUUACUGUUUGCCCUUUCCUUGGAGACUUUCCUUCACCUGACGAAUCCACUAAUAAAGGUCAUUAUGGUGGGACAAGAAUAUUUUUAGAUAGCACCAUAUACUGAUGACAUUACCCUUACUGACCCUAUACACUCUCUAAAUCCACAAUUUGAAUGGUUUAAAGUUUUGGAUAUGUCUCAAGUUAUAGAGUAAAUUGUAGACAGAUCUAGUGCUAUCCCUAUGAAUUUGUCAGCUGCCGAUACAGAACUGGUUUGGUCAAACGAUUAACUACAGAUUAGCUUGUCGGUAAGAUACUUGGGAAGUAAGGUUUAAAGUGACUAGAAGACACUUUUUAGUGCGAACUACUCUGCUCUGAUUCAAAAAAUCAGGAGGGACCUGGAGGUAUAGGGAGAGAGACCAAUAUCUUGGAUGGGCAUCGUACAUAGUAUAAAGGUAAAUUUUCUUCCGAAAUUGCUUUUUGUAUUCCAGGCAUUCCCAGUGUUAAUCACAAAAAGAGAUCUUGAGGGCAUUCAGAGGACCAUUGAUAACUUUAUAUGGAACAACAAAAGGCAUAGGCUAGUGGAGAAUAUGUCUGCUGUUUUUCGCAUGCCUUGUGAAUUUGAUCCCUGAAUGUUUAUUAUCCCAACAUACAGAGUGCUCAGGAGAGCUCAGAAAUUAUUUAAUAAAAUCACAUUCGCUGCCAGGGGGUCCAUAGCAGCAACAAGGUUGUGUGUAUCAACCCCUACCCUUAGAGAGGUCAGAGCAAAGAUUGAUGAAAACAACCUAAUGGAUCAACUGACUGCCACAAUCGAUAACUCCCUCCCUUCCUAAGAUAUGGAAUCACUGGUGGCACUAUAAGUCUGCAACUUAAAUUCAAACAGGCUGGAUUAGUGAAUUGAAUGUUAUCAUGGUGUUAACCUAUCCUCCCCACCUAUCCCUUUUUGUUCUUUCAUUAUUUGGUUUUGUUUAAAAUGAAAAUGUAACAUAGUUGUAGCAAAACUGUAAUAAUGGAGAACUGUACUUGAAACACACUUUGUCUAUAGUAAGACACUUUGUCAGUCACUUGGGUUCCCCUGCUUGCAGUCCUGUCCCUUUUCAGAUAUCACUAAAGUGGAAAUUCCUACUUCCGCAUCAGCAAUAUCAUUUUUCCUUCCAGAUUAGAAGCAGUGCACUACAACAGGGAUUUCCUCAAAUCUGGAUCGGAAAGGCAGGCAGGCAGAUAAACCAUUUUUAAUCCUGUAGACAGUUCCUCCUAUAGGUAUAAAACCACCUGGAACCCCCAAAUUCCCAGUCCCCUGCCUGCCUUCGGCAAGGUUGGAUGCAACUUACUUGGACAAGGUGAGCUGUCCAUAGCAACUCAGGGCAAGUUCUGUCCUUAUUUUGUGGUGGAACAUAAGCCGGGCACCGGCGUUUCACCGGGUUUUAUACCGCCGAUCCUCCGAGUCGGGUGCCGGAAAUGGCAAGUGUGCGCUGGACACACGUGCGGGAGAUGGAACGCAUCACACCAGUUGUGUUCCAUUUAGAGAUUGCGGAGCGUUCCGCAUGCGUGAAGCAAUCUCUUAAAAAUCAGGCAUGAAAAUCCUUGCGUUUCAGGACCAGGGAACUACAUUACCCAGUAGCAACUCCCUGCUUGCCAGGUACUCGCAUUCCUGUUGCAGUGUGCUGUUCUAGUUUUUUCCUUAAUGUAUCUUGCCUGAUUAAAUUUCAAUUUUAUUAUAGAUUUUAAAAAAACAAAUUCUUCUUUCUCUCUUUUCUCUUGCAGUAUGUCUAAAUUAGAGAAGACAGAUAAACCUGGAGAAAAAGGGAGAAGCUUAGCCAAAACAUAGCAUUUGAUGUAUGCCACUUGUUCACAGCCUUUACCAGAUGACUAGAAAAAAAAACACGUGUAGCAAUUGCUAUAAAGAGGCUUCAGAAGAAGCUAAAAAGACAGUUUUUUGUCUCUCAUGUCAUGGUUCCAGAAUAGCAUGCAGCAAAGUUUGGUGGAUAUAAAGGAAGCUGCUUUGUUAUCAGCCUAGUCUGCCAUUCAGUCAAACCCUAAGAAAAGAGCCGAACCAGGUACUCCUCCUUUUAAAAGGAAGAAGUCGGGAUAGGAAAUUAUGGAAAUGAGCUCUGAAUCAUCUUCUGAUGAGUACUCUUCCGAAGAAUCCAGUGCUUCCUCUGACGGGGAAUAUUGCUUUCAGGAACCGUAUCUACAUAAACUCAUCAAGGAUGUCUAUAGCCUCAUGGAUUUGGAAAAAUCUCCUUCAGGUUCAAAGGAAGAAAACUUAAGUUUGUGAAGAGAAAGCUUAAGUCUUUUCCUAUUCACCCUUCUGUACAGCAGUUGAUGCUUAGAGAAUGGAAAUCUCCAGCCAAGAAAGCUUUUGUAUCCAAGCAUUUCAAAACCAUUUUUUUUCACUUAAAGAAGAACCUGACAAGCAUACCUAAAGUGGAUAUACCAAUUGCACAGCUAGGGAAGAAAACCACACUUCUAUUGGAGAUUCCAGUGGGCUCCAGGAUGCGAUGGGCAAACGAGCAGAAUCUAGCAUAAAGAAGCUUUUUUUUUUUUUUUUUUUUUUUUACAGUAAGGCCCUCAUUUCAGGUUCUUCGGUAGCCAAAGCUCAAAGAUGUUGGCUGCAUACCUUGGAGAAAGUUUAUAUGGGUGAAUCCAGAGACGAUCAAGUUAAACUUUUGAGGAAUGUGAAGAUGGCUGCGGAUUUUUUGGCUGACUCUUCAUCAGAGACGGUGAAAUUUUCAGCAAAAAUGAUGGGACUCUCUAAUGUAACCAGUAUGACUCAGAAGCUUGUCUGCUGACUCUGCUUCUAAAAAUUUGUUGUGUGAUCUUCCCUUUGAACAAGGUAGGCUGUUUGGUUCGCAACUGGUUGAAAGCCUUGCCUGAAGAAAAGAAGAAAAAUUGGAACAAACCAUUCUUCAACAAAAACAGACGUUCUUACAGAGAUUCCUUUCGAAGGUUCUCCUAUAAGAAGAAUCGAAGAAGGCCAUUUUCCUUUCAGGAUAAGGGAAAAAGGAAAUUUCAAGAAAAAAGAUUGACGCUAUAACAGUAGGUGGCAGACUUCUGUUAUUCAAGGCAGUAUGGCAGAAGUUGGGAGAAGUCAGUGGUUCAGAGAGGUUACAGUAUAGAACUUCUCAAAUUUCCUCCAGGAAAAUUCCUUUGUUCAACUGUACAUUCCUCAGAUAUGGCAUCAGUUCUUCUCCAAGAAGUUUGGGUCUUAUGGUAGAAAAAUGUGAUAGAAAUUCUUCCAAAAGGAGAAGAAUUCAGAGGUUCUUAUUCAAGAUUAUUUUUGGUAAAAAAGCCAGAUGGUUCUUUCCAUCCAAUUCUGGAUUUAAAAUUAGUAAACUGGUUCGUGCUUAAGAAAUUUUUUUACAUGGAAAACAUCUUCUCCACCUCACAUAAUUCAACCAGGUUCAUGGCUAUGUUCCAUCGAUCUGCAAGAUGCCUAUCUACACAUACCCAUAGCAGCAAACAGCAGAAGGUUUUUAAGAUUUGCCAUACAAGAUCAGGAUCGGCUUCUGCAUUUAUAAUUCAGAACCUUGCCCUUUGGACUUUCUUCGGCUCCAAGAGUCUUUUCCAAAUUAUUUAUGGUUAUCACAGCAGAAAUGCGGAAAAAAGGUCUCCACAUCGUACUGCAUCUGGACGACUGGUUACUCAUAGCGUCUUCAGAGCUACAACUACUGAAAAACAUCAGAAGGGCUACUAUCACUCUCCAAAAACAUGGUUGGAUUAUAAACACAGACAAGUCAGAGUUAACCCCAUCUCGUUCUGUCCUUUUUCUGGGUCUCAUUUUAGACUCUAUUGAAAUGAAGAUUUUACUUCCAGAGGAGAAGAUAAACAAAAUCAUGGUCACUAUUAUCAACUUGCAAAAGUAAAGGUUUUGCACUAUAAGAGCAGCUAUAAGACUUCUGGGUCUGUUCACUGCCACAAUUCCAACCGUAAACUGGGCCAAGGCACAUAUGAGACCAUUGCAGAAGAAUAUCCUCUUGUCCUGGGGCAGGAAAACGGCAUUACCUAGACCAGUCCAUAAAUUUAAACUCUUCGGCUCGACUAGGCUUCCAUUGGUGGAUGAUUUCACAUUUCCUUUAAGAAGAUCUUUCGUUCAGAUUUUAAAAUUUCGUUUUUAUAACAGAUGUAUCAAGUAUGGGAUGGGAUGGGAUGUUCACAUGGGUACAAAGCUGACAAAAGGUAUUAAGAAUCUGCAAGAUGCAAGGAAGUUUUCAAACUACAAGGAACUAAAAGCCAUCUGGUUGGCACUUCUCUUAUUCAAAAGACAUCUGAUGGGUCGUCACACUCACAUAUGGCCAGACAAUUCAACCGCAGUAGCCUUUGUAAACCCAACUUCCUGGAUGCGAUGUCGAUUCAGUGGGAUUUUCCACUGGCUUACAUCUUCCCUCUGGUUAUCCUCAUCCCACGUAUUCUACAAAAAAUCGUCCAGGACAGGUCAAAGAUGAUAAUACUUCCCUUACCUUCUGGCCUCAAAGAAGUUGGUUCUUUCGAUGACAGAGAAAAUUCUGGAACACAAGCUGGUUCCGCUUCACACCCUUCAAACAUUCCAAUUAACAGCCUGGUAUCCGAAUGCCAGAUGCUGAGAUCAAGGGGACUCAGUCCUGAAGUAGUGGAUGUCCAAUUAGCAGCAAAAAAAAGACUCCACUUCCUUAGUUUACACUAGAAUUAGGAAAAAGUUUUGCUCUUGGUGCUAUAAUGUGGGGUUCAAUCCUCUUUCGGCUUCUGUUCCUCAGAUUUUGACAUUUCUGCAAAUUAGAGUUUGCUAAAGGCCUUCGUCCUGCUACUCUGAAGGUCCACAUCUCUGCUAUUCGUUUUUUUAGUAUUCGAGAAUGGUUUUGGAUGCUCUUAUUUCCAGAUAUUUUUUUUUAGAGCACUUUCUAGACUCCUUCCUACCAUCAGGGAAUUGGUUCCCCUUUGGGAUUUAAAUAUUGUCCUCUCUGCUCUUUGUGAGACACCGUUCGAACCCUUAGUCUGUCAGUCUGAAGAUUCUUACAUUGAAGACAGUAUUUUUGGUUGCAGUGACGUCUACUAAAUGUCUGGGUGAACUUCAGGCCUUGUCCUCUUCUCCUCCUUUCCUAGAAUUUCACCAGGAUACGGUGGUCCCGAAACUUCAUCCGUCUUUUCUUCCUAAGGUGUCCACCUCAACUAAUAUAAAUCAGGAAAUUGUUCUCCCUACAUUUUGCUGGAACCCUCAGAAUCCUGCGGAACGUUAAUUCCAUUGCCUGGAUGUUAAACGCUGCCUGCAGUUUUACAUGGAAAGGUCGACUUCGUUUAGGAGAACGAACAGAUUGUUCGUCCUUUUCCAAGGAAAAAAUAAAGGACUUAUGGUCUCUAAAGGCCCAUUGGCAAUAUGUAUUAAAGAAGCUAUUGUAUUAGUAAACCAUUCUUCUCAGGUGUCGUCUCCUGAAUUUAAGGGCUCAUUCUACCAGAGCUGUUGCUAUCUCAUGGGCCUCAAGAGCUUCGGCUUCUCCUUCCCAAAUUUGCAAUACAGCAACUUGGUCGUCUCUAUAUACUUUCCCCAAACAUUAUAGGUUAGACAUACAGGCCUCUGAGGAUUCUAUUUUUGGGUGUAAGGUGUUACAAGCAGUGGUGAUGUGAUAUUUCCCACCCUUAGGGGAUUGUUUGUUUAUCCCUGUUGUAGUGCACUGCCUCUAAUCUGGAGGGAAAAGUUCAAAUUUUACUUACUGUAAUAAAAUUAUUUCCUUAAGAUUAGAGGCAGUGCAUAUAUUUCCCACCCUAAUUUAUUAAAGGAAUUUUUGCAGUUAUUUGGCUUUUGUAUUUUCUGGGGUUUUGGGGGUUCCAGGUGGUUUUUAUACUGUGAGGAGUCUACAGGAUUUAAAAUUGGCUGCCUGCCUUUCCGAUCCAGAUUAGAGGAAAUCCCUGUUUUAGUGCACUGCCUCUAAUCUUAAGGAAAAAUAAAUUUACGGUGAGUAAAAGUUGAACUUUCUGUCCAUCUUUGGAUAGAAUUCAUAGGCCAAAGUGGCAGAUUAAACUCUGAGUUCUUUCCAUAGUUGAGACAAAAUUGAUAUUGCUAAAAUAGAAGUAUUCUGUAAGGUGGUGCCUGACUGAGGGUGCCUUGGGAACCCAGGUAAAUGUCAAACUGAAAAUAAUUUGACUCGUAACAGUGGGACUGAACCAGUGGACUCUGUGCACCAUAACUAAUGCAGAGUGAUGUUGUGGUUAUGGUGCUUAGAGUGGCCUUUCAUUGUAGUUGAGUAUCAACAUGGUCAUUAAAAUCCCUUUUCAAAACCUGUGUCGUUAAACAUUUUGAUUAGGAUAUAAACUAAUAACUGUAAAGACAGAAAUAUAUAUACUUUUUUUUUCUUUGCCAAAGCUGGUGCUUAAUUUUCACAUUCUGCUUAAAAUAGGCCUGAAUGUUCCAGAGUAUGAAGAAGCACUGAGAAAGUCCUGGAUUUGGAAGGAGCUUUAUUCAGUGAGGAAUAUCAGACCUUCCUGCCAUGGACCUCUGGGUUUGUAUGGUGGAAUGAUCUACACUGGAAUCUUCUACUGGAUACUCAGAGGAAAGGAACCCUGGACACUAAAACAUAAAGGUAUCAUUCUAAACUGAGUCACAUAUCUUGAUUUCCCCCUAUCUCCCUUAUUUAUUUAUUUUCUACAAUUAUUGUCACAAUCUAACUUCCUUACAGUAAAUGAAGAGGUGGUUUUUCCAUCUCUAUAUUUGCCUAAUUUUUGCAAUGUUAGUCCUCACACUACAAAACACAGUUCAUCAAUCUGCACUUGAUGGACUUCAGUCUUUUUUUUUCAACCUAGAUUACUAUGUAACAUGUAAGCAGAGUUCAAAAUUUUCAUUAGUCAUUGGCAAGUGAAAAUUCAGCCCUUGCAAGUAGAAAUUCACAUCUGCUGAGUUUGCCAAUGACUUGUUACAGUGGCGAGUAACAUUUAAGGAAUGUCUAAUAGCGUAGGACUACAUUUUAAUCCCUAGUAUCCACCAGUCUUUUUUUUUUGUUUUGUGGGAGAUGGAUUACUGUUGAUGUAAAAUAGCCUGCAGAAGUGCAAAGGGGAAAAAAGGUCCAAAUGGGCAGACACUUGGAUAAAAAAGCCAGUCCAUAGAGCUACUUAGAAUAAUGAUUCACAGGCAUAAAAUAAAAAAAGGCAGAUUGGGGAGUCGCUUCUGAAAACUGGGUAGAUGCAUAGAGACAUCAUUCUCUGUCUUUCUGCUUUGGAAGGAGCCAACUGGAGAGCUGCUUAGGAGAAAUCAGUUGGGGCAGUUGCCGAAGAAAAGCAGAUGCCUUGUGAUGAGAUGCUUAGGGAUAAAGUAGGGAUCGGCAUAUAUCAUUUUUCCAGAGCCGAUUGAUUAUUGUUCAGCUUUCAGGACGAUUUCUGAUAACCAGUGCCAAUAUUCUGUACAUUUAAAGUUUUCUGAAAUCCCAGCAUGUGCAGAUAUGUUCCUGAUAGGAGUGUAUCACUCUCAGGCAGCCAACCCAGUAAGUUACAGUUGAUUAUUUACUGUCUCACUUCCCUGCCUUCAGCUGAGCUCCGCAUGCAAGGACUCACAGGGAGGGGUGACGUGAGGUCACAAGUUGGCACCUCUUUGGCUGGUAAGUUAUUGGUAAGAUCUGUAAAUUACAAGUCCAAUACCAAUUAUUGGAAACAUGCCGAAUAUCGUCCCUAAUGUUUUUGAUUACUUUUUCUCUCUGUAAGUAAAACAUCAUAGCACUUGGCUUUGCUCAGUCAAAAUCUCAUUAUAGGAAUCAUUUGUGAAAUAUUCCUUCAUAUUCUCAUUUCUUGACCAGGUUUGGACAGUGCUCAGUUAAAACCUGCUAAGGACUGCACACCAAUUGAAUAUCCAAAGCCUGAUGGGAAGUUAAGUUUUGACCUCUUGUCAUCAGUGGCUCUCAGUGGCACUAACCACGACCAUGACCAACCCCCACAUCUAACACUAAAGGACGACAGCAUACCAGUAAACCGAAAUCUUGCCAUAUUUGAUGGGCCAGAGCAGAGAUUCUGCCCAGCUGGUGAGUAGUAGACAAGUCUCUUUAUUUAUAUUGGGGGAGGGGGGGUUAAGGGCAGUUGGGGAGGGUACAAGCAUGGGAUAAAAAUGGAAAGGAUUAUGACCAAGAAAAAUACAAUUAUAUGUUGGACUCUAUUAAAAUUAAAUGUUUCUAGAAUUACAAGGUUUACAUACAGUACGUCUGUGCAAUGCUUGAAUGUAAGAUUAGCUUUUCCUGCACUCAGACUAUAUAUAACUGGCUAUUGUAUUCAUUUUUCCGCCUUUUACAAUAGUGUAUUUGGCAUAUUAAAGUUAAAGGCGAGAAACUAAAUUAUAACAGGAGCAGCCACGUGAUAACAAUGCCUAGCUAUUUGAGAAACACAAUAUGGUUCCUAAAAACCCUAUGCAAGUAUGCUCUGCUUUUUUGCAUUAGCGGCACUCUGCAGUCAUUUAAGUGGGACGUUCCAUUUUGAUGCACUAUAUUUAAAGGUAUACUUAUGAUUUAUUCUGUCAUUAAGCUGCUGUACCAUAUCAUUAAUGUGGUGGCUUUGAUUUACUUUUCUCUUCAGGGGUAUACGAGUAUGUUCCUCUGGAAUCUGGUGAAGGGUCACGGUUACAGAUCAAUGCUCAGAACUGUGUCCACUGCAAGACCUGUGACAUCAAAGAUCCAAGUCAGAAUAUUAACUGGGUUGUUCCAGAAGGCGGAGGAGGUCCAGCUUACAAUGGAAUGUAGACGCAGAAACAAUGUUGAUUAAACAAAUCUGCAUUAUGGGAUCAUUGUUUCGAAGGAAAUGUAAUUUCUAAUGAAAUUCAAAAUGAAUCUGUAAAAGUGUUUUAGGAUUUUUCCUAUUUGAUGACGGAGUUGCAUUAACUUACUAAUGUGGGGUGUAUGUCUGAUUUCCUGGUUUAAAACGUGUUGUUGCUUUCUAGCAGCUGUUCAUCAUGGGCAGGGCAAUGGCUUCAGGAAGGUGUAUUAUACAGUUUACUACAAAGCCUUACAAAAUCUGAGGAGCAUUAUAUGCUCGACACAUUUUUUUUUUUUUCUUACUUUUAAGCUGCUGUAAAAUGAAUACAGUUAUUUUUAAAGACUUGUUUUUGUGAAGUUAUUUCUGUGAAAUAAUGAAUUUGAAUUUGACAUCUGGUUAUAAUGGUAAUGAUUGAAAAUGAAGCUCUACCCAAAUCCCUCUUGCUAUUUUUAAUUAAAGUAGAAUAAUUAGCAUGAGAUGCGGUCAGGUUUAAAUACAAUGCAGGUGUAGCCUAUUGGUCAUUUCUCAAUAGAUUUUAUUAAAUUCUUUUUAUCUUAUAAAUAAAUAUUGCAGGAGGUAUAUACCUAUUUAAUAAUUUAGAUUUUUAAAGACUGAUUUUUACUAAAGGGGUUUUAAAGCAUGGAUAAUCCAAUGCCUUUUCUAAGAUAUCUUCUAUUCAAUUCCUCCAGGUAAAAUUAAAUUACCAAAAUCCUAUUUUAAGUGUUCAAGUGGAUUUGUAAAAUAGGUCUCAUUUCAACAGCUGUGCCAAGUCUUCUCACAUUAAAAGGGAAACUAUAGUGCCAGAAAAGCAAGGUUGUUUUCUUGGCACUAGAACUCCCUGUAGUGCACCCUGACCCCCCUCCAAGGUGACAGAUGAAUGUCAAUAAGAGGGCACUUUAAGCCCCAAAAGCAGCACUAUCAAUGGAAUCCAUGGUUGGACUGAGAUAACACAACCCUGCAAACUUCUGCAUUAACAAUGCCACAACAGAUGGGGCAGGUUUUAGAUGCUGGAAUUUUUAAUUUUUUUUUUUUUUUUAAAUCAUCCCCCCAACCUGCUCCGUUUGACACAAAGUGGGGGGACAUCACCCCAAGACUGAUCUGCAUUAUAUCUAGUUAUGGUGAACACUUAAGAGGUUAUUUCAGUACUUCAGAAAAAAUCUUUCUAAAAUACUGACUACCUUAGAGUUCAGAGAAGGGCUACUAAACUGGUUCAUGGAUUGCAGGAUAAAACUUACCAGGAAAGGUUAAAGGAUCUUAACAUGUAUAGCUUGGAGGAAAGCUGAGACACAGGGAUAUUAUAGAAACAUUUAAAUACAUAAAGGAAAUCAACACCGUAAAGGAGGAGACUAUAUUUAA